AGAUCCCCAGGGGCGUCGAUGUAAAAACUGUGUGUAAUGAGUCUGCUUUUGAGUCGACUCAAAAGAUUCACUAUGAGAGAGCAGAUCCCCAGGUGUGUCGAUGUAAAAACCGUGUGUAAUGAGUCUGCUUUUGAGUCGACUCAAAAGAUUCACUAUGAGACCAGAUCCCCAGGCACUACUUCCUCAAAGACACGGCCAUAUUACUCCCCGAGCCCAGCAACACCAAGGCUGCUCUCGCCCUCUCAGCGCUCGCCCAGGCCAUGGAAGCUUCUGAGAAGGUGGCCAUCGUGCGGUUUAAGCUCACCAACCGAGCGGACUCGGGCGUUGCGAUUGGCGCGCUGACCCCGUGGUGCCGAGGGAGAAGAGGAUUUUCAGAAGUGGAAGAUGUGUCUGUGCCGGAUCUGCUGGUUUUCAACACCCUCCCAUUCAGUGAAGACAUCAGGGAGUUCUCCUUCCCUUCCCUACAAGCCGCUCCAGCCAACCAGCAGCCGACACCUGUCCAGAGCAGCGCAGCAGCAGCACUGGUGCAGGCGAUGUCUCUAGGGCGGCGCAAUCAGGAGGGGGAGGAGUACAGGGAGAAGGAGUAUAAGCAGGGGAAAGAGGCGUGGGAUGAGAAGCUGAGACCAGACGACACACCUAGCCCGGCACUGCAGCACUACUACAAUUUCAUCCGCACAAGGAUUCUCAAUCCCAAGGCGCCACUGCCGCCUCUCCCUCCCUCCCUCGACGCCCUCCUCUCCCACCCCCUCUCCACCGACCAUCCUGCCGCCCAGUCAUUCGCUGCUGCCUUCCCUGCCCUCGCUGAUCGCACUGCGCCUCUCUCGCAGGAGCCUGUGCAAGCGUCACAACAGGCAGAACCUUCCCAAGUGGAGCCUGCACUAGUUGCACCUGUCCCACCCAAGCCAGGUUUUCCUGAGGCCAAGGAACAGAAUGGCGAGCCUAGCACAGGGCCUUCAGGGGUAACCAGCACUGGCCCAUCUGGUGUAACCAGCUUAGGACACUGAUAGUAAACAACUGAAAAGUUGCCAUCAUAUGUUUCAAGAGAAACAGCCUCGGCCCAUCUGGUGUAACUGUAGAAGUGAACCCCGUCUUUAGGGUGGCCAGGAUAUAGAUUUGGUGGAACCACGAGUACCGUAAUCCCCCGUAUAUAACACACUAUGGUGUAUUUAAAAAUCCACUAAAAAAAUGACGGGGUC